AUGGAGCGUGCCCGUCAGUAUGAGUACCAAUUGCUUGCCGACCGCCUCCUUGGUAUCGUUGGAGGAAGUAUCGGGCGUCGAUAUGAUCCAGUAAACCCUGUCUUGAUUGGAGUAGGACUGGGCAAGUUCUCGAUUAGGAGUGGACUCUCCUCUCUUGACUCCACUUUCCUAUCUUUUUUUGUGCAGAAGGCACGGUCGUUGGGUUACCUGGCCGUUGGACUCAAUGGGUAUUAUACGAGCAAGAAAUGUCCUUACUGUGGGCUAUGCGUCGCCCAGGUCACCUUCCGCCGUUUCUUUUGCCCAACCUGCCACGUUUAUCACCACCGUGACGUUAUGGCGGCUGUGAACAUGGCCAACCUUGUGCGAGGAUAUCUUGAGAAGCAACAGCGUCCAGAGCACCUCCAGCCUGUGGCUCCGGACGGAUCUCUUCCUUGGAUGGCUAGUGCCGGCGCAGGAUCAGAACACUCUCGAACACAACCCCUGGAAGCGGCAGCAGCGGGAGCACUGGCACAAUGA